UCACGUACCUUGUCAUAUGUUUGAAUAAACGUAAACAAACAUUUUGUCUAGCUAAAUUAAAUUUUUAAAUUUAGCGUUUUGAAUUCGAUGUCUCACUUUAUUGAAGAAAGAUAGAAUGACGAUACAACUCAAUUACAAUGCUUGUAAGGAAUAUGAAUUAAUUGAAUAUCCUGGUCUUGUAAAAAGUACAGAAAAUAUGCUAAACACGUUGGGUGGUUUAGCGAAGGUAUCUCAGGUAUUAGGCGGAGAAAGCAAACGUUUGGAGUUGCGGUUUCAUCCGGAUAAUCCUUUUAACAAACCAUUGUGCGGAGAUGUUGGCAGGCGAGCAGGACUUUUGUUAUCUGUCAAGGUGCGGAGAUCAAAACGCAAUCCAAAUAAACCACCACAAUUUGUAGUAAAAAUUUUGGGUCAUAUAACUAAAAGUUUUACAUUCGAAUCUCUCUGUGAUUUUCAAUAUUUGCCAUUUGCAAGAGAUCCCAUAACGAACACUGGUGAAAUGAGAAUGGUUCUGGAUUCUAUUGUACCACAAUCGGUUGUUGAUAUAGAUUAUUACAAUCGCACUGAUGUUCCCGUUAUAGCAUUACCCACAAUGUUUGCCCGUUCAGAUUCGGUACAUACUGCCAUGUUUCGGGGAGAUUUUUCGAAAGAAGAUGGACAAAAUGAAACAUUGGGAGUUCUUAUAAAAUCGAACUAUGAGUGUCGCGAUAUUGUGCCAUUCAAUAUGGUAGAUGGGUUUCCCACACGCCCGGAUCCACAAAUUGUGAAGAAAAUGAAAGUUAAAUAUGUUUCAGAUGAACAGCUAGAAAGGGUAAAAAAGCUUUUCGAGGAGUGUCCUGUUUGGACACGUAUAGCUCUGCUUUAUGAAUCAGGGGUAUCUCCUGACAAGCUCAAAUGUAUUACUCCAUCCUUAGCAUAUUAUUUUUCAACUGGACCGUGGCGAACAUUAUAUGUGCGUUAUGGGUACGAUCCUCGUAAAGACUUUAAUUCGCGCUACUAUCAAACAUUUGAUUUUCGUCUGCGUUUUCGUUCAGGAGUGUCGGAGUUUGUUAGCGAUCGCAAAACGACUAUCAAAAAACGUCACGAGAAUCCUUAUGAAAUAAAUUCAUUGGUACAAGAUAUUAAUUAUCCUUAUUUUGAUGAACAAAAAUUGCCACGUUCACGCCAAUGUAUAAUGAGAUACUGUGACAUACGUAUGCCCAAAAUCCAAGAAAUGUUGGAAAAAAUCCCAUCCCCUAUGGCCGGUGCGAUGUGUAAUGAACGCAAUGGUUGGUUGCCUCAAGGAUUUGAUAAUCAAGUACGCCAAAUCGUUAGUAACGCCGUCAAGGAACUAUUAAAAAAUCAUUAUAGAAAAGAACAAAUUCUGGCAGAGGUUGAUUCAUAUGAAAACGAGCAGGACCAAUAUUAUGGAGAAGAUGGAGAAUACGAUGAAGGCGAAUAUAUGAACGAUGAAAAUUUAGAAGAAAUUUUGGAUAACAUGCAAGUAGAACAGGAAGAAAACUAAAAUCAACUAUUGUUUAAUUAAAUAAGCAAUUGUUUAUGCGUAAUUUUAUUGGUAAAUAAACAUUCGCACUUUAUGCUUGCAUUAAAUACA